AUGGCAGCUAACAGCUCUGUAGAUAUUUUUACAAAAGUGGAGCGACUUAAAGAAAGAAGACUUGAAGCUCUCAAGAAAGCCCAACAGCAGAAACAGGAAUGGCUAUCUAAAGGACAUGGUGAAUAUCGAGAGAUACCUAGUGAGCGAGAGUUCUUUGAAGAAGUGAGGGAAAGUAAGAAUGUAGUUUGCCAUUUCUACAGAGAUUCUACCUUCAGGUGCAAAGUUUUUGAUAAACAUCUGACUGUGCUGGCCAAGAAGCACAUUGAGACUAAGUUUUUAAAGUUGAAUGUUGAGAAAGCACCUUUCUUGUGUGAGAGACUACGUAUAAAAGUAAUCCCCACUUUGGCACUUGUGAAAGAUGGAAAAACAAAAGAUUAUAUAGUUGGCUUUACAGAUCUAGGAAAUACUGAUGACUUUGCUAUGGAGACAUUAGAGUGGAGACUUGGCUGUGCGGGUAUUAUUAACUACAGCGGAAAUCUAAUGGAGCCACCUUUCCAGAAUCAGAAGAAACAUGGCACAAAUUUCACAAAACUUGAUAAGAAAACAAUACGGGGAAAAGCUUAUGAUUCGGACUCUGAAGACGACGAUUAGCUGGUUGAUUGGCUUGUUGUUGCAAUUUCUUUCUGGAUUUCUAAUCAUUGAGAAUACAUUCAUGCCCUUGUAAUUAAUUCUUUGUAAAUGCUACAAUUAUUGCUUUAUUUUUAUUUUACGGACUACACAGCCACAUAAACUAUUAAUAAAUAUUCUUUGCAAUA